AUGUCUUCAAUAAAACGACGUCGACAAGACGGUAGAAAAAUAUCAAAAAUUGAUAAUGAUUAUAUUUCUGAAAAGGAUGAUGUAAAUAAAGAUAAAGCAGCUGGAUCAAAAGAUGUACCAAUUAUUCCAAAGAUUGCAAGUCUUGGUUUAGAUAAAGAACUUGCGAAAGCUUCUACAAUUCAAUAUCAUAAACGUGAUUCCGUAUCAGAUCUAUUUGGAAAAAAUGAUUUUUCAUAUGUAAAUUUAAAGAAAGAUCAUGCAAAUAGACCUUUAUGGAUUAAUCCUGCCAGCGGCCACAUAAUUCUUGAAGGAUUUUCACCUUUUGCCGAAAAGGCUCAAGAUUUUUUAAUUACAAUUAGUGAACCUGUUAGUAGACCAAGUUUAAUACACGAAUAUAAAAUGACACCAUACUCUUUAUAUGCUGCAGUAUCAGUGGGUUUGGAAACAGAAGCUAUUAUAGAGGUUUUGAAAAUUUUAUCAAAGACGGAAAUACCGGAAUCACUCAUAGAAAUGAUUAGAAAGUGUACAAUUUCUUAUGGAAAAGUCAAGCUAAUAUUAAAACAGAAUAGAUAUUUUGUGGAAUCAUCACAUGCAGAUGUAUUACAAAUGCUUUUACAAGAUAAAGAAAUUUCUGAAGCACGAAUAUUAAAUACAGAUGAAACUGAUCAUAAUGGAAUUUUAUCUAAUGUGACUUUAUCUAGUAAAGAUUUGGGAAUUUCUGGUAUUAAAAAAGAGAUUGAACAAAAAAAUCCAGAAACAAGUGUUCAAGAAGAUGAAUUAUAUGCUAUUGUCAGGAGGCGUUGUAAUGAACUAAAUUAUCCAAUGUUAGAAGAAUAUGAUUUUCGAAAUGAUUCAAAUUUACCACCUCUUGAUAUUGACUUAAAACCUAUAACUGUGAUCCGACCAUACCAAGAAAAAUGUCUUAGUAAAAUGUUUGGAAAUGGUCGAGCUAGGUCAGGUAUUAUAGUAUUACCAUGUGGUGCUGGUAAAACACUUGUUGGAAUAACUGCUGCUUGCACAAUUAAAAAAAGUUGCCUUGUCCUUUGUACAUCAGCUGUUUCGGUAAUGCAAUGGAAGCAACAAUUUUUACAGUGGUCCAAUAUAAAAGAAAGUCAAAUUGCAGUUUUUACAUCUGAUCAAAAAGAAAAGUUUAAUGGUCAUUCUGGUAUUGUAAUUUCAACAUAUAGUAUGGUUGCUAAUACUCGUAGUAGAUCAUACGAGGCAACAAAAAUGAUGGAAUUUAUUACAGGACGAGAAUGGGGUUUUAUUCUUUUAGAUGAAGUUCACGUUGUACCAGCAAAUAUGUUUCGAAGAGUAGUAACUACAAUAGCUGCUCACACUAAACUUGGUUUAACUGCAACUUUGGUUCGUGAAGAUGAUAAAAUUGAAGAUUUAAAUUUUUUAAUUGGACCUAAAUUAUAUGAAGCUAAUUGGAUGGAUUUGGCCUCCAAAGGACAUAUAGCGAAUGUUCAAUGUGCUGAAGUUUGGUGUCCUAUGACAUCCGAAUUUUAUGCUGAAUAUCUUAAAGCUUCUUCUAGAAAACGUAUGUUAUUGUACGCAAUGAAUCCAAAUAAAUUUCAGGCUUGUGAAUUCUUAAUUAGAUAUCAUGAAGAUCGAGGAGAUAAAGUUAUUGUAUUUUCUGAUAAUGUGUUUGCUUUAGAGAAAUAUGCUAAAAAACUUAAAGUACCAUUCAUUCAUGGUAAAACGAAGCCUCCCGAAAGAGUGUUUAUACUUCAAAAAUUUCAACAUGAUCCUAAAGUCAACACAAUUUUCCUUUCCAAAGUUGGUGAUACAUCAAUAGAUUUACCAGAGGCGACUUGUCUCAUUCAAAUUUCUUCGCAUUAUGGUUCAAGACGUCAAGAAGCUCAAAGACUUGGACGUAUUCUUAGAGCUAAACGCCGUAACGAUGAAGGAUUUAAUGCAUUUUUCUACUCUCUGGUAUCUACUGAUACUCAAGAAAUGUAUUAUUCAACUAAACGACAACAAUUUUUAAUAGAUCAAGGAUAUGCCUUUAAAGUGAUUACCUCACUUGAAGGCAUGGAUAAAGAUACAAAUUUAGCGUAUCGAGAACAUAAUGAACAAAUGUCUUUAUUAACUGAAGUGUUAUUAGCCAAUGAUAAUGUAGCAGAUUUAGAUGACAUUGAACCUAACCCCGAAGAUUUACCGGGUACGGUUACAAGUCGAAACUUUAAUCAAAAAGUUAGACGUACAAUGGGUAAUAUGAAAAGUUUAUCAGGUGGUGAUCAUAUGGCUUAUUAUGAAGGAAGUAGAAGUAGCAGCAAUAAUAGUGGUAACAGAGGAAAUCAUUUUAAUAAUAAUAAUAGAACAGCACAAAAGAAAAAAGAUAAGAAAGAACAACAUCAUCCGUUGUUUAGACGACAAUGGUUAC